AUGCGGAGGGAUUCUACAUACGCCAUGGCGGCCCUCGAAGCGUGCUCAGCGUCCAGGCUGUGCGUCUCAGCAGCAACCCGCCAAACAGCCGCUGCGCGGCGAAGAGCCACAGUCUGCUCUGCGGACUCCUCUCCCCUCCUCUACAAGCCUCUCGCCGCCUCCUCUUCCACUCAGUUCACCUCCUUCUCGCCUCUCCCUCUCCGCGCGUCGUCCACCCCGUCUUCCCGCUCCCGCUCGCAACGCUCGUCCGUGCGAUGCGCGGCGGCGGACCGCCCGGCGUCGCAGCCGCGCAUGAUCCAGCACAAGCAGGAGGCGUUUUGGUUCUACCGCUUCCUGUCGAUUGUGUACGAUCAUAUCAUCAACCCCGGUCACUGGACCGAGGACAUGCGCGACGACGCACUCGAGCCGGCCGAUCUCAACGACCGCAAUCUGCGCGUGGUUGACGUGGGAGGCGGCACGGGGUUCACGACGCUCGGUGUGGUCAAGCACGUGGACGCGAAGAACGUGACGAUUCUCGACCAGUCGCCGCACCAGCUUGCGAAGGCGAAGGAGAAGGCGCCGCUGAAGGACUGCACGAUCAUCGAGGGCGACGCGGAGGACCUGCCGUUCCCCACGGACUACGCCGACCGUUACGUGUCUGCUGGCAGCAUCGAGUACUGGCCCGAUCCUCAGCGCGGCAUCAAGGAAGCCUACCGCGUCAUCAAGCCGGGCGGCAAGGCGUGUCUCAUCGGCCCCGUGCACCCGACGUUCUGGCUCUCGCGGUUCUUCGCCGACAUGUGGAUGCUCUUCCCCACGGAGCAGGAGUACAUCGACUGGUUCACCAAGGCCGGCUUCUCCGAUGUUAAGCUCAAGAGGAUCGGCCCUAAGUGGUACCGCGGGGACCGUCGCCACGGACUUAUUAUGGGCUGCUCCGUUACCGGCGUGAAGACCCAGGGCGCCCGGGGAUUCUCCUCUUCAGAUGGGUCCCAAGGCUGA